AUGGAGGCGCUGAAGAAGCAGGCCAGCAAGCUCCGGGAGCACGUCGUCAAGCAGCAGCAGGCGGUUCUCAAGCAGUUCAGUACGCGAUAUAAUCAAGAUCCUUCUCUUGUUGAUGAAGCGGAGCUUGAGUGCCACCAGAAUCUCCAAAGGCUUUACAGUACUACAAGAGCAGCUAAGCAUUUCCAGCGAAAUAUUGUACGAGGGGUGGAAGGUUUCAUUGCGGUUAGCACCAAACAGAUGGAGAUAGUGAAAAAACUAGCCGAGGAUUGUUGUAAAUAUGGAAACGACAAUCAACAUUUUGGUUUUGCUCUUGCAAGGGCAUCUGAGGAGUUCGGUAAAUCUCAUAAACAAAUAGAGAAAGAGCGGGAGGAUCUUCUUAAAAGUCUUGGAGAGCAGGUUUUUGAGCCUCUCCGAGAAAUGAUAAUGAGUGCUCCUCUUGAAGAUGCUCGAUUGCUAACUUACCGCUAUCAACGGAUCAGACAGGACAUGGAGUCUCAGAUAGCUGAUGUGAUGAGAAAGCAACUUAAAUCCAAGGAAAGUAGUGGUAACACAGAUAACUCUGUGAAACUGCAACAUGCAGAAUCGAAAUUAUCAGAUCUUCGAACUACACUGGCAGCAUUAGGAAGAGAAGCAUCUGCAGCUAUGGAGGCUGUAGAGGCUCAGCAACAGCAAGUAACGUACGAACGUCUCCUUGCAAUGGUUGAUGCUGAGAGGACAUAUCAUCAAAAUGCUGCUGAUAUUCUGAAUAAACUCCAUGAUGAGAUGCUCUAUGCAAAGCAUCAUAAUGGGUCAGAAAACCAUUACGAUGAACAGUCAUCAGAGCCUGAAUCAGAUACAGGCCCAGCACAAGUGCACUCACAUAGCACAUCUGAAGAUCCAGUAUUAACUAAACCUAGCGAAUCCACAGGAAAUAGUCAGGAGGUGCAAUUUCUGGGGGAGGUUAUUCAUCCAUUCGAUGCUCAGGCUGAUGGUGAGCUCAGUCUUGCGGUGGGUGAAUAUGUUGUGGUCCGCCAGGUGGCAGCAAACGGUUGGUCUGAAGGUGAAUGCAAGGGAAAGGCUGGCUGGUUCCCAUCUGCCUAUGUAGAGCAGAGGGACAAAGCCCCGGCAAGCAAGAUUAUUGUUCUUCUAGGCUUUUCGUUGGUUGGUAACUGUAUGUAA